GGAGAGUUGUGUUUUUGCUGCUGGCCAUUUUCAUUUCGGGAAAAAAAGAAUCGUGACCCUCGCGGAACCUGCAGAACCGCGUUCCGUCGACGCAGUGGCGCGCGUUUGUUUACAUUCCGGGAGUUCGGUGCAGUGUCGUGCGUGAGAAAACCAGAAUCGAGGCCAAAUUCACAACAGUAAAAGCUUGAAAAAAAAAGCAGGAAGAGAAAUCCUCUUCCCCUGCCGUGUCUCACUGGACUGCAGCACCGUCCGUCCGACCUCCUCCUCCCCCUCUUGGUGCUGUCAAAAGAGGCCACCACCAGCAGCAACAAAAACAACGCAGCAGAAAUAGUUUUGCCCACUUUUUUUUUGUAUCUUCGUCCGUCUCUUCUGUGGACAGAACCGUCGCAGCAUCCCCACUUUAAAGAUGAUCAAACUAUUCUCGCUGAAGCAGCAGAAAAAGGACGGCGAAGCGACGCCCAAGUCCGGCCCGCAGAAGAAGGCCUUCACGGCGGCCCAGCUGCGGAUUACAAAAGACAUUAACGAGCUGAACCUGCCGAAGACGUGCGCCACGGAGUUUCCGGAUCCGGACGACCUGCUGAACUUUAAGCUCAUCAUCUGCCCGGACGAGGGCUUCUACAAGGGCGGGCGGUUCGUCUUCAACUUCAAGGUCGGUCCCAACUACCCGCACGAGCCGCCCAAGGUCAAGUGCGAAACGCAGGUGUACCACCCGAACAUCGACCUCGAGGGCAACGUGUGUCUGAACAUCCUGCGCGAGGACUGGAAGCCGGUGCUGACGAUCAACUCGAUCGUGUACGGGCUGCAGUAUCUGUUUUUGGAACCCAACCCGGAGGAUCCGCUGAACCGGGAGGCGGCCGAGGUGCUCCAGACGAACCGACGUCUCUUCGAGCACAACGUGUUUAAGGCGAUGCGCGGCAGUUACAUUGGCGAGACCUAUUUCGAGCGCUGUCUCAAGUGAUAUAUAAAUUCGACACUCACUCUAAAAUGUUGCGUUUAUUUAAUUAUUCUUACGAUUGGAGGACGCUAUUACAUAGACUUUAAGUAUAACUAAAUGGAAAAAAAAAUACACACAAAUUCACACACACACGAAGCAGGGCAGUCACAAGUCGAGAAGAGAACAGAACCGAGUGCACGAAAAUUAUUGGACUCUCUCAUCCAAGUACAGAAAGCAGCAAACUAAAUGAAAAUAUCUAUAUUUGUAUCACACAAACAUCAAACAAAAAAAAAACAACAAA